AUGGGCUUCGAGGAGAUAGCGCAGUGGAAGGAGCGCAACCGCAAGCAGCAGGAGCAGGAGGGCACCGAGAAGCAGAACCAGCAGCGCCCGACCGUCUUCGACCUCAAGUUCAUCACGCCCCAGCACAAGAGCAACGUGUGGAACAUCUCGUACGCCUCCCACGACGACGGCAGCGAGCUACCAACCGCUGCGGCCGCAACCGGCCAGCAGCACCAAGUCCUCCUCGCGUCGUUCCACCGCCGAGCCCACGCCGGACCCUCGUCGCUGCUCGCUGCCAGCACCAGCGCUGCCACGGGCCCCAACAAGUUCUCGCAGUCGCCGUCUAACUCGGCCGUCUUCUACACAACCUCGGCCAACACUCUGACAAAGACGGCGCCCCAGACCAUCCCCCAGCCGGGUGGAAGCGGCAGCAAUGGCCCCUUCAAAUCCUCGUCGUUCAGCGGCCAGCGAAGCGCGGCAGAAAUCACCGACGUGCCGAGCCUCGCCGUGCUGAGCAAUCUCUGCCGCGGCCCAGCGUCGGCCUCGCACCUUGACAAGAACAACAACAUCGACGAGGACAACACCUUUACAGCGACGGAGGAAAAGUCCAGCCGCCAGCUCAAGACCCUGAACUGCGGCAUUGGUGGCGCGUCGACCUUGUCGUCGGUGCUCCAGCGCAUCAACGAGCAACUGGGAUCGUGGUCCGGCCGGUCUGGCUUCAACCCCAACUCUAGCUCUGACUCCGUUUCAUCGUCUUCCUCGAGCCAGCAGCUCGGCAUCGACGAUCAAGGCAGCGGCAACAACCACGUCAAGAAUAAGAAUGACAAGACCAACAACGACGAAAGACCCGGAAACCAGGCAUCCGGCUCCGGUUCCGGUUCGGACAAGAAUCCCAGGAACACGAAAGAUAACAAUAACAACAGCGACAAGCCCUGGCCCAACAACGCGCCGCUGCCGAUUGUGCGCCAGCUGCCCAUGUUCCUCGGCGGUGGACUGUUCUAG